CUCACAUUCUCCUGUCUGCCGUGCAGCUCGCAGUCCCACUCCGCACCGCAGUCCCACUCAUUCACACAUUUCUUUAUAACCGAGUCCUCACAUCCUGCAAUGUCGGCCGCCAGCACCGAGACUAGUGCCCCUCUGCCCACAGCCGGCAGCCGAGUCUUUUUCCAAUCCGCACCCGGCGUUGGAUGCGUGGGUUCCGGCCCCAUCACUACCGGAGACGACCCGGUCCAGAAGAAACAGGGGAAAGUGACGGUGAAGUACGACAGGAAAGAGCUGCGGAAAAGACUGGUCCUGGAGGAGUGGAUCAUUGAACAGCUCAGCGAGUUGUACGACUGUGAGGAGGAGGAGAUGCCAGAAGUAGAGAUAGACAUUGAUGAUCUGUUGGAGGUCAACAGUGAUGACGAGAGAGCCAGUAAACUGCAGGAAUCCUUAAUAGACUGCUACAAACCAACAGAGGACUUUGUCCGGGAGCUGCUCGGCAGGAUAAGGGGGAUGAGAAAACUCAGUGCACCAACCAAGAAGGGUCUAUAAUGGCUGUCGUGUCAACCAUCAAUCAUCCAUCAUCUCAGCUCACUUAACCCACUCAAAAUGGACUGUCAUCACAUAGAAUAUUGUGAUCAAAACCUACAUAACAGGAAAAGUAACUAUUCUGCAACCUGCAAACAUGCACCAUAAAGUCCAUGUAUAUAGCAUUAUGCAUUCAUUUCACACCUGCAUAGAUUACAAGAUGUAAUAUAAUGUCUGGCUGUUGACAGGUACAUUAGAAAUCACAAAAGAGCCAAGAUGGUUAAAUGUAUACCAGCCACAAUACACAAGACAAUGUCAAACUCUAGAGCCUACCAUCUGCAUCUCUGCUUUAACAUUAGCACCUAAGUCUACAUUUCAGAGCCAUGUUUAACCUUCUCAAAAUGAUGCCGUAAUCCCAACAGCCAUACAAAACACAAAAACACCGACAGAGUGAACAUCUCAUAAAGGGAGGUGGUGGAAAAAAGAUGUUAUAACUGCAGUUAGGUGUGAAAAUAGCUGUAGCACUAUGGAAACACAGUGCUUCAAGAUUUUUCAUUUUUUUUACUGAGGUGUUUUACUGUUACUUCUUUUUAAAGAAAAUGUACUAUAUGUUGCCAUUUAUUGUUCAUGUGAUUGAAAUGUGGUCUUCAGCAGUUUUGUUAGUGUCCCUCUUUAAAGUCAACCUCCUAAUCAUUACUCCAUCAGUGCUUGCAAAUAUAAGGGAAAUCUGUAGUUCAUUUAUACAGACCAUGACUACAUCCACUGUCAGAGUGUGAUGUACGACAUCUGGAAAAAGUGGGAAUAUUUGCAAAAUCAAGCUGAAAUGGUGCAAAAAUACUAUUUACCCACUGUUCCCACAGUUUUGUUUUUUUUUUUUUUUUACCACAGCAAGGCAUGAUGGGGGUUGCAGUUCUCAACACGAGACUACAAAACCUGUAUGAUUGGCAGCCUUUCACUUAUCAUGUUAUGUGGUGUUGCUUGUCGCUCCUCCUCCAGCUUCUUCAUCAGAAAACAUAUCAGUUUGUAGUUUAGGUUUAAGCACAAAGCCCAAACACUGACGUUGUUUUUCCACACACUGGUUCACUUAACUCACUUAACUGUUAAAUUGCCUCUAUAAUAAUGGCUGAUGUUGCCUUUAAGGACAUUCAGGAUCAGUUCACUUUUUCUCAGUACUGAAACAUAACUGCUGACGACCUAAAGGCAACAAAGCUUAUUCAUAAACUGAAGACAAACUUGAAACUUUGACACUUCACCUCUGAGGUCACGUAGGGGAAGGUGUGCCAAAACUGGGAGCAUUUACAUUGUAAAUGUCAUACGUCACAGAGGCAUAAGUGUGACACCGCAUUUCCACAGAUGGUUAGAGUUUAUGUAAUUUCUCCAAGUGUUACAGAGUUAAAGAUUUAAGUUAAAUAGAAGGUGAUACUUAUUAACUUCACCAGGUUGCAGAAAAUAGAAUAAGUUGUAAUCGUAUAUUCCCAGGUUUGAGAGGUGACUUAAGUUAUUUAUUGUUGUUAAUGACCUGUGCACCGACACGCUCAAAAACCUGUAAGCUCUGGUACAAUCAUGGUGACUCUGUUAUGGAUUUGGGCCCAGUUUCAUUUCCGAAUGGAGCAGACAUAACCGGCUGUAUGAUACACCCUCAGCUGCCAAAGACAAAAGCAGGGCAAUGUUUGAUUUAACAGACCACUUGCAAAGCACCCGUCUUGCAUGCUAACAAGAGAGAAAACACUGAUAAAGAGUAUAGAUAUUAUGAAGUUAUAAUCAAGCAAAAAAUACUUUUUUUAAAAUUAGUUGCCAUGUAUGACUUUGUAGAUUUUUUUUUUUUUUUUUGGUUGUUUUCUUAAAACAGCGUGAUUAUCUCGCUGAACAGAAUCCAGGAAAAUGUUAAAAAUGGUGCUGUUUUUGAUGUUCUUCCCAACUUUUUUGGUUCUAAAGGCGUUUUCACUGUCGACUGAUGCCAGAGAAAUACACAGUAUGUCCGGAAGAAAUGUGUCUGUCUUUAUCGAUGAUGUACGUUCAGUCUAAUGUGGCGUCCUCUUUCCUUUCCUCAACCUGAACAGAGCAAAGUUUGAUUUUGUUUAUAUGAUCGUGUGUUUUCCAGAUCAGUGAAUCAGAAGGAAAACUAGAGGAGGAAGCCAUUAUAGAAAACUGAAAUGCAUCCAGGGUUUAUGUCGAGGUACUAGGACUUUUACUGUCAAGAAACAGUUCAGGGGCAAUAGGAUGAUGUUUUAUAAUUUAUGGGAUUUCAUGUGGAGAGUAUUUAAAGUGUCCAUACUAGAGAGCUUUACGUUUGCAUGUAUUUUUAAAGUAGCAUGUCGAGGGAAACAUUUUGUUGGCCCAAAGGAUUUUUUUUUUUUUUUCACAAAAAAUGAACACUUUCCUUUUUAUACCUUUUAUUAUUAAGACUAAAAUACUCAGUUUUCAGCUGCAGUUUUGGUUUUCUUUACAUCCACAAUAAGCGUUCUUGUUUUUAAAAAUGUAAUGUGGUGUGUUGGUUUGUUUUUGCUUAUAAUAAAAAUGCAGAAUGACUCUGUACUGUUUAAACA